GUUAACAAUUUGAUUUGAAAAGUUUAUAAUAAGCCAAAAACGACCUUAAAUGACUGCAUUGUAAGGUUUCAUUUAGCAUUCUUUAUUACCGAGGAGACAAAUUCUUUAAGAAUUUUAGUAUUCACAAAGCACCCUGUAAUGUUGAUAAAAAUUUCAACUAUGUUGAGUCAAGUAACUUAUGAAGAGAAUCUCAAUUCAAAUCCAUUUUUCACUAAACUUAUGGAAAGUCAUAAUGCAUUAGUGAAUGAAGUUGGAUCAUCAAAUUGGACAAUUUUAAUACCCAGAAGGGCACAGAUAACAGAUGAAUGUUUAAAGAGUAAUGAGUUUCUGUUAUCUCACGUACUUCUUCCAUCAGAAGAUCUUCCAAGGACACAUUUCACCAAUCUUCUAGGAAUGGAUGUGACAAUAAUCGAUAACUUUGUAAGAAUCAAAGAGAAAGAUCAAACAAUAUCCAGUUUGAUACUUUUUGAAGAGAUUUUCUAUACAAAAGAAUUGCAGAAGUUUAAAAUUCUUUGUAUAAACAUUCCUUUGUGCUUAAAAUUCAUUCAAAAUGUCUCCAAUUCUAAAGAAUUAGUCAAGAAUCUCUCAGAAGCAAUCGAACUUUUACAACAAAAUACGAGUGCAAAAAAUGAAAAAAGAAAAAUCGACAAUGCAAUAUCAAAUUUCACACUUCGAAUUCAAAAGGCUUCGGAUUAUGUGAAACUUACGGCAAAUAUUAAGUUAUUAUAUGAUUAUUGUGUUAAUCUCAUGACAAACAAAAGAAACAAGAAUUUCGAUCCGUACACAGCAAUGAAUCUGAAGAUUGCACUUGAAUAUUAUCUAAUGGAUUGUGUUUAUAACAAAAUCUUUGAUGCCAUUUCCAUUCAUUAUAGCGAAGAAAGUCAAAAGUUCAAUAAAAUAUUAAGGAAACUUAACGAAAUUUCGAUCGAAGACUUAAGGAACAUCAAAGAGCCGUCAUCAAAAAUAAAUGAAAACUUGAAUAUCAUGAAGAUUGAAUUGUUAAAAAUUGAUUCAUGCAAGACGUCAGUUGACAAACUUCAUUGCUUUAAAAAUGUAAUGGACGCUGUUUCGUUGUGUAGUAACAGCAAAUUGUUGACAACUGAUGAGAUGCUUCCUAUACUUGUUUAUGCAAUUGUAAAAACAAAAUACUUUCAUUGGAUUCCCACGCUUAUAUUUAUCAAGGAAUUUAAUUUAUCUCAAAUUCUUGGAGCAGAAAAUCAAUCAGCUGGUUCGAUGAUCUUUUAUGUUCUCACGACACUUGAAGCAGUCAUUUACUUCUUACAAACAAAUGAACAACUUUACAUCACACAAAAUCAAUUUGUUACUUCUAAGAAAAUAGAUGAGAUUCAAUCACAAGACGAUUAUGUUCAAUAUUUAUUUCAAUAUGUGAAGGAAAAUAAUGAAAUUCAAUUGACACAAUUGAUGAAAGUGAGUUUUGAGUCAUUCCAAUCAAGGAGAGAGGGAACGACGGCAACUGAUCAUUCUUCAUGUCAUCCACUUUGUUCAUGUUCAGAAUGCAAACAUAUUAACAAAGAUGAACAUUCAAAUGUCAACAUAAAAUCUCAAAAUGGACUCACAAUGCUCCACAUUGCUGCGGCUUAUAAUGUUCCAAAAAUGACCACACUUUUGAUCAAUCUUAAUGCAGAUGUAAACUCAGCGAAUUUGAACUUGUGGACACCAAUUCAUUAUGCAGCAUAUUAUGGACACCAGAAAGUAUUGUUUCUCCUUCUACAUGGCAAAUCAAACAUUAAUGAAAUGACAAAAGACCAACAAACACCUUUGAUUUUAGCUGCUUUAAAUGGUCACGACUGCUGUGUCAAAGCUUUGCUUUAUUUCUCCGAUCACACAAAUCUACCUCUUAAUUUAAAUGCACAAGAUUAUGAAGGGAACACAGCUCUUCACUAUGCCAGUCAAUUAGGAUUUGACGCUAUCGUUGAUGGCUUGCUGGAAUAUAAAGCCAAAUCAACUGUUAAGAAUCACAUUGGAAAGACUCCAAGUGAUUAUGCUUUUAAUUCAAUCAUUAAAAAUAAGCUCGAAUCAGCUGCUAAAUAUCAAGUUGAUGAACAAGAUUUUGUAUUUAUAAGUAAUGAAGAUCUUGCUGAUAAUAUUGAAUUUAUAACUUAA